ACGUAGAAACUGUUGACUGUCGUAUCGCCAAUGCAUGCAAGUUGACGUCACUUAAAAUCGUAACCGCAUGAAACAGAACCUUGAAACCGUAAAUUAUUGUUAAAAAAAGUCAUGACACCGAAAACACCGUGCAUAGUACAGGUCAAACAGACGAAACGUGUUAUGACGAUGAUGCACGGAUCCCCGUAAGCCGGAGAGCCCGCAUACGCUCGAGGUUAAUCAUUCUUUUGUAUCACGCACCAAAUGCUAUCUCAGCUUCGACGUAAUUUUGCUCGUGUGCCCGACUUUUUUAUCAGCUGAUGUAUUCGGUGUCAUCUCGUAGAAUUGUGUGACUUGAACGAUCGGCGAAGGGUUUCGAGUAAUUCGUUCGACCCACGUAUUGUCAUGGCAGAUUUCGCGUUAAACGAACUCAGUGGUGAUCAGACUGAGAAAGUUCUGCAGUUCCAGGAUUUGACGGGCAUCGAAGACCUAUCCAUCUGUAGAGAUGUUUUGCAGAGACAUAACUGGAAUUUGGAAGUAGCUGUUCAAGAACAACUAAAUUUAUAUGAAGGACGGCCUUCAAUGUAUGCGCAAGAUUCACGAUCAAGACCACCACAAGUUGUUGAUGAUAGCAGUUCUAGAAUAUAUUUUCAUUAUUCUGAAAGUUCUAGUGGCAGUGGUAGUUAUUUAUCAUAUAUAUUUUCCUUCUUUUAUGAAAGAGUGAUCAGUAUACUUCAGUUAGUUCUUUCAAUAUUUAGGGGAAAUGCUAGACCUGUGUCCUCCGAUCCAGUGGAAGAUGUAAUUAAUUUUAUUCGAGCCUACGAAGAACGUUAUGGUAGUAGUCAUCCUGUCUUUUAUCAAGGCUCGUAUAGCCAAGCACUUUCUGAUGCGAAACAGGAAUUAAGAUUUCUACUGGUAUACCUUCAUAAAGAUGAAGCUCAAGAUAUUGAUCAGUGGUGCAGGAACACCUUAAACAAUCCAGAAGUAGUACGGUUUAUAAAUAUACGUACUUUGUUUUGGGCAUGCAAUGUACAAUCCGGAGAAGGCUAUAAAGUGGCAGAAGCCCUUAGAUCUGGUUCUUAUCCCUUCUUGGCCAUUAUUGUUUUAAAAGACAAUAGAAUGACUAUGGUUGGUCGAAUGGAAGGCACGCCAUUCCCGUCUGACGUUAUUUCCCAUCUACAAGCAAUUAUUGAUCACAACGAAAUUAAUUUAAUACAAGCUCGUCAAGAAAGAGCAGAACGGAGUGCGGCGCAAUCGUUACGCCAACAACAAGAUCAAGCGUACGAGGAGUCGUUACGCGCGGAUCAAGAGAAGGAUCGCAGAAGGGAAGAGGAACGAAAAGCGCGCGAAGAACAAGAGGCAAGGGAGAAGGAGCAAUUAGAUGCACAAGAAAUGGAAAUUCAACGUAUUCGUCUUGAGAAAGAGCUCACUGUUCGCAAAGUGCCAGUGGAACCAAAACCGGGUGAUCCUAAUGUGUGUCACCUUCAAAUUAAACUUGGGGAGAGAACAAUAAAAAGGCGUUUUCUAAUGUCCCACACAAUAAUGGAUGUGUAUCACUGGAUUUUUAGUCAACCAGAUUCACCAGCAUGUUUCGAAAUUACCACGAGUUUCCCGAAGAGAAUUCUAUAUCCAUCCAGAGAGAUCUCAACACUGUCAGCUGCUGGACUAACUCAUAGGGAAGUUCUCCACGUUAAUGACUUAGACGAUUAACCUCUAUUGAUUAUCCAGUGCUGCAUUCUUUGUGUUUAAGUAUCAUUCCGCGAAAACAAUGAUACUGUCGUAAGAGACAUUUAUUAAAACGAUAAAUAUAUAUGUCUAUAUAUAUGUAUGUACAUGCAUAUAUACAUAUAUAUAUUUAUUUAUACACAUAUUUACAUACACAGACACGCGCGCGCGCGAGAGCGCGCACGGAAUACAUUCGAGUAUUUCAUGUGAAGCGUAAUUCAACGACAGGAAUGCAAUUGUGAAACAGGUCCACGAAUUGUAUCAGAACAAACGAAUCAAAAAAAGAAAAGAAAAAAAGAACCGGCGAGUGUUACAUACCUGUGUCAACCACUGCAUCUCCCGUGAGAUGAAUAAGACGCUUUCUGGAAUAGACACCGAAUUAGAGAAAAGAGCUAAUUUUGUUGUGAAAACAAAAUGAAAGAGAAACAUCAAUACGACUUCACGGAAGCUGUACACCAAACAUUUCUUAUACUCAUCUUAAUAUUUUUUAGCUUAAAUGAACUUCUGUAAUAAACCGACUAAAG